ACUACUAAAUGCACACAGUCCAAGCGCACCGCAAACGACCAAAACGCCGGUAACAAGCAAUCGUGCAUGUUUUGUACCCCAAGUCACCAUACGCCGCGUGGCAUGAUACGACGGAACCGUCCCUACUUGCAUUGUCGCUAGUCGAGUUGGGCUGGAUACCUCUACCUACCUUGUUCGGAGUGCUACGUUCCCGCGAUUUCCUUCUCAGGCUUCCAUGCCAUGACUCGACGAGGCGCUCCCUAAUUCUAUUCUGACAGGUUGACAGCAGGGUACUUCAAUUGACACCUCGCUCACAUUCCCGCUUGGCUGGCUGGUAAGAUAUCUCCGAAGUACAGCACAUUGACGGGUCUCAGCCCGGGAAUUACCCAAUAGUAACGAAGGGGGGCUUGGUGGCUUGAUGGGUUUGACGUGUAUAUCACCACCAUCCUUUGUCCUGGGACUCACUUGCUUUCCUGUCCUUUGGCUCUCUCUAUUUGGAUCACCUUUUCCCUCGUCUUGUAUAAGCUUCAUCGGUUCACUAACCCUCCCGGUCCAGACGAACUCCGCUUACCCUUCUUGUCUUUGUGGAAGGAAACCACGACAGAAGACACCUUAACCCGCCAACAUGGCCAGGUCAAAAAAGGACGGUGCCAAAAGCGGCAACCUAGCAGUCCCUCCAGCCCUCGGCGACACCGAAUCAAGAGCGCCAACAAUAGCAGAAAGUGAAGAUGCGCGUGGCUACAACAACACCAACAAUAACGAUGUUCUCUCCGACACAGACGGCGGACGGACAAUCGACUCGACGGAUCCAGAAAAGCAACACCCACCUACGUUAAGCCAGCAAAGGUCUAAUGCUACGCACAAGAGUCACGCUAGCACGAUACGGGAGGAUGGAGUUGAGUACCCGACCGGCCUGAAGCUGGGAUUGAUCACGAUAGCGUUGUGUUUGAGUGUUUUCUUGAUGGCCCUCGAUAACUCCAUUAUUGCGACAGCUAUUCCCAAAAUUACCGAUCAGUUUCACAGUUUGCCGGAUGUGGGUUGGUAUGGAAGUGCCUACCUCCUCACCACCGCGGCGCUCCAACUUCUGUUCGGGCGCUUCUACACCUUCUUUUCCCUCAAAUGGGUCUUUUUGAUCGCCAUCUUCAUCUUCGAGCUCGGCUCCCUGAUUUGCGGCGUCGCCAACACCUCCAAGACCCUCAUUAUCGGGCGCGCCAUCGCCGGCAUUGGUUCAGCCGGCAUCUUCUCGGGCGCGCUGAUCAUUCUCGCCUACGCCGUGCCCCUCGAAAAGCGACCCGUAUACACCGGCUUCAUCGGCUCCAUGUACGGCAUCGCGUCCGUCUCCGGCCCGCUUCUCGGCGGCGCCUUCACAGACCAAGUCACCUGGCGCUGGUGUUUCUACAUCAACCUCCCCAUCGGCGGCAUCACCAUGGCCGUCAUCGGCUUCUUCUUCCCCGACCCGAACCGCGAGAGACCCCAAGAGGAGACGUGGGCCAAGACCAUAAUGAAAUUCGACCCCUUUGGCACUGCGGUAUUCAUGCCUGCCAUCAUCUGCCUGCUGCUCGCGCUGCAAUGGGGCGGCACCACCUACAAAUGGAACAACUGGCGCAUCAUUUUCCUCUUUGUGCUCUUUGCCGUCCUGAUCACCGCCUUCAUCGCCAUCCAAUUCAAGAUGCAAGACGAGGGCACCGUCCCUCCCCGCAUCAUCAAGCAGCGCUCCGUCUGGGCAUCCGCCCUCUUCACCUUUUGCCUGGGCGCCGCCUUUAUGGGCUCCGUUUAUUAUCUGCCCAUCUGGUUCCAGGCCGUCAAGGGCGCGACAGCCGUCAAAUCAGGCAUCAUGAACCUCCCCAUGCUUCUCGCGACGGUAAUCCUGUCCGUCGUCGCCGGCGCGCUCGUCUCCUAUCUAGGCUACUACGCCCCCUUCAUGAUUCUCUGUUCGGUCGUGUCCAGCAUUGGCUACGGUCUGCUGACCACCUUUGAACCCGACACCAGCUCUGGCAAAUGGAUCGGGUACCAGAUCCUCGUCGGCGCUGGGCUGGGGAUGGGGCUCCAGCAGAGUCUCAUGGCGGUGCAAACCGUGCUGGAGAUGAAGGAUGUCUCGGUCGGUACGGCGCUGAUGGUGUUUGUGCAGACGCUGGGCGGCGCGCUGUUUGUGAGUAUUGCGCAAAACGUGUUUACGAAUAAGCUGGUGCAGUAUGUGGGCGAGCUGGCGCCGGGGUUCGGGGAUCCGGAGAAGAUCUUGCUGUUGGGCGCGACGAGCGUGCAGAAGACGGUGGAUAAGAGUGUGUUGCCGGGGGUGACGCGGGCGUAUAAUAAUUCGCUGACGGAUGUGUUUAUGGUGUUUGUGGCGAUGGCGGUGGCGAGCGUGUUUGGGGCGCUGUUGGUGGAGUGGAAGAGUGUGAAGGGGAAGAAUGUGGAGGUUGGGUUGGCGUGAUCUUGUCAUGAUACUAGUAGUGUCUGGUGUGUGAAAAGAGGUUGGAAGGAUUGGGUGCAGUAUUUAGGUAGGAUUGGAGGAUGUAAUCUUCUCUUUGGGUGUCUUCUACUGGCUGGUACUGAGGAAUAAUUGCGUAGACAGGUUCAUCGGUUUUAGAUGUCUCCCAACUCUUGUGUCAAAUAAAAAUGUAUAUGAUCACUUCCCAA